GAGUGAGUGCGUCUAAUCUCGAAAUUUUAGAGAGUUGUUACUUUUAAAAUUACUCUAGAGCAAUCCCCCUCAUUAUUACCCUCGACUUCAAAGUCCCAGAAGAAAGGCCUUAGAGUCAUCCCAUCACAAGUUACUCUUACAAGACCUUACAACACGUGUUUGUUUUUACCGCAUAUCCAAAUUUUUAAAUAUGAAGAGGCUAUAUCAUCAUUUAUCAUUCAUUUUGAUGAAUGUUCCCAAGCUCAACAAACACCCAAACUAUAUCAUACAUGGCUUCCCAGUUCUUAGUAAUAUCAGGAUCAGGUUAACAUCCACGGUCACUCCUAGCUUUGAAAUGAAGCGCUGCAAUUUCUUCAUCUCAAAGCUAUGUAAGGAAGGAAAGAUCAACGAAGCACGCAAGGUGUUUGAAGAAAUGUCUGAUAGGGAUGUUUGUUUGUGGACUACAAUGAUAAGUGGGUAUAUCAAGGGUGGCAUGAUUAAGGAAGCUAGGAAGCUGUUUGAUAGAUCGGAUGCGGAGAAGAAUGUGAUUGUUUGGACUGCUAUGGUUAGUGGCUACGUCAAGUUGAAUCAAAUUGAGGAGGCUGAAAGGUUGUUUUACGAGAUGCCGAUUAGGAAUGUUGUGUCUUGGAAUACCAUGAUUGAUGGGUAUGCUCGGAAUGGUCGAACUGAACAGGCUUUGGAUUUGUUUAGAAGAAUGCCGGAGAGGAAUGUGGUUUCUUGGAAUAUCAUAAUGACGGCCUUGGCGCAUUCAGGGUGGAUUGAGGAUGCGGAAAGGCUUUUUGAUAAGAUGCGGGAAAGGGAUGUGGUUUCAUGGACUACUAUGGUUGCGGGUUUGUCAAAGAAUGGGAGAAUUGAUGAUGCGCGGGAACUUUUUGAUAGGAUGCCGAUUCGUAAUGUGGUUUCUUGGAAUGCAAUGAUUGCGGGUUAUGCGCAGAAUGGGAGGUUGGAUGAGGCUUUAAAGUUGUUUGAGAGAAUGCCUCAGAGGGAUAUGCCUUCAUGGAAUACAAUGGUUACAGGUUUUAUUCAAAAUGGAGACUUGAAUAGGGCAGAGAAGUUAUUUGAUGCAAUGCCACAAAAAAAUAUCAUUACUUGGACUGCUAUGAUGACAGGGUAUAUACAACAUGGUCUAAGUGAAGAAGCAUUGAAAAUAUUUAACAAAAUGCAAGCUAAUAAUGGAUUAAAACCAGCCACCGGAACUUUUGUGACUGUUUUAGGUGCUUGUAGUGACUUGGCAGGUCUUAUCGAAGGACAACAAAUCCAUCAAAUGAUUAGUAAAACAGUUUUUCAGGAGAGCACACAAGUGGUAUCAGCGCUGAUAAAUAUGUACUCAAAAUGUGGGGAGUUGCAUGUUGCUAGGAAGAUGUUUGACGAUGGAUUAUCCGGCCACAUGGAUUUGAUAUCUUGGAAUGGUAUGAUUGCUGCCUAUGCACACCAUGGAUAUGCAAAUGAAGCAAUAAUUCUAUUCAAUAAAAUGCAAGAAUUAGGUUUCCAACCCAAUGAUGUCACCUUUGUUGGACUUCUCACAGCUUGUAGUCAUGCCGGUUUAGUUGACGAGGGACUUAAAUACUUUGAUGAGCUUUUCAAAAACCGAUAUAUACAAGUAAGAGAAGAUCACUAUACUUGUCUGAUUGAUCUUUGUGGUCGUGCGGGAAGGCUGAAAGAAGCUUUCAAUAUCAUUGAGGGACUUGGGAAAGAGGCAUCAUUAUCUGUUUGGGGUGCACUCCUAGCUGGAUGUAACAUGCAUGGGAACACUGAUAUUGGGAAACUCGUAGCUGAUAAAGUUUUGAAAAUCGAACCAGAAAAUGCAGGCACCUAUUCAUUACUCUCAAAUAUGUAUGCUUCUGUAGGGAAGUGGAAAGAAGCUGCCAAUGUUAGAAUGAAGAUGAAAGACAAAGGGUUAAAGAAGCAGCCAGGUUGUAGUUGGAUUGAAGUCGGAAAUACAGUGCAAGUAUUUGUAGUCGGUGAUAAAUCACAUUCUCAAUCUGAGGAUCUAGGAUAUUUACUUCUUGACUUGCAUACAAAAAUGAAGAAGGCCGGGGACAUGCCAGAUGAUGAUUUGUUGGUUGAUGUGGAAAUUUAAUAGUAUAAAAUAUAAAUCCUUGUUGGUUAUAGCUUGAAUUAUGCAGUGCAGUUGAAAUGUGGCAAAGUUUACUACCGCUGCUGAGUAAUUCAAGUGAAAUUAGUUGCCACUUUUUGAUUGCUUGGUGGCUUUGUGUGAGAUAAUAUGAUGUAGGAGGGAGCAAAGAGUUCAGAAUUUAAAGGCUUCAUUGGCAUACUCAUAUACUCGGUCUUGUAGUUGUUGCCCAAAACGUGCUUUGUUAGAUGAAACGACUGUGCUAUUGAAUCAGUUUAUGGAAAGCACGGGUUGUUUCUAAGUGGGCUGAUUUCAAGCAAAACAUUUGAAGAUGCAACACCAUCUUGUCCCGUCCUUUGCAUUUUGGUUAUUUUGAGGUCCAACCUUGCACCUCUGGAUUUUGGAGUUCUUCAUGUCUAAAGAAGCCACAUGGCAAUGUGAGAGUAGGUUCAGGUAAUGCAGCCAGUUCUCAUGCCACUAACAUAUUCUUAGUCGUGGAGAAGUUUCGGACUAGAUUCUACAUUGCAGGACAAUGGGAAAAACGGAAGUGUUUUGGGGUUUGUCCAUAAGAAAUUGUCUUCAUUAUUCUGAAUAAACCCUUGUGUAAGGUGGAGGAUUAUCUUCCCUCGUCCUUCUGUUUCCCCUAAAAGGCCUGUCAUCUCUUCCUCUCCUAACACCUAAACAAAGUCUAAGUGUUAUGAGUCUCACGUCGGACAAUAUAUGAUUUGAACGUGUUCUUAUAAGUGAGGACAAUCUUCACCCUACAAGCCAGUUUUUAGGAUUGAGUUAGGCCCAAUCAUAUUUCUUAACAUUAAGGUAUAAAACCAAGCUAAUGAGAGUGAACCUGAAACACAUGUGAAUCAAAAUAGUCUUAUAAGGCGGGGAUUUCCAAUGGUCACCGCAUUGAUUAUUGUGCCAAUUUUAUCGCAUGAGGUAGGGUUAACACACUAGUGGAAACAACAUAGGUUAGAUCUCUAUAGCUUUGAAAGUUGCUUACAGAGCUCUUGGUUGCAGCAGCAGCAGCAGCUAGAUGGUAUAUGAUUGGAAUGGCAAUAAUUGAAUUCGGAUUAGUAAUACGAUGGUAUAUGAAAAAGUAUGAAUCACAGUAGAUGGUAUAGUACAACUUUACAGGCUGUACAUUAAAAAUAUGAUACUUCAUAAACUGUUUUGGAUUUAAAAUUUAUGACUUGCAGCUUUCACCCUUAAUGGUUUAUAAGAAGUUGAACCCUUAAUGGUUUAUAAGAAGUUGAAAAUUAUAUAUGAGGUUUGUUUUGAGUGCACUCCUUGCCGAAUGUACAGAAGGAAUACUGAUACAGGGAAUAUUGUAGUUAAAAAUACUUUAAAGUGACAUUGUAUAAGGUAUCUAUCACAUGGAGUUGAGGUUCUAGUCAUGAACCUAAUGGUUGCAUUACUAUUCUUAGAGAGAAUUCAAGCUGAAAUCGCAUGGAAGUAUGAGAUUCCAGAGAUGAAGCAUUAGAAUUGGGGGCACUUUUUUGUUGCGUGGAAGUAUGAGAUUCCAGAGAUGAAGCAUUAGAAUUGGGGGCACUUUUUUGUUGUGUUAAGUUGGUUAGUAUUGACUCAUAGCCAGAAAGUUUAGAAAGAUUUAAUCCCUAACCUGAUGAUUUGAAUUAGGUUACUAAAAUUGUCAUUAUAAUGAAAUUCUAAUGUGAACUAAUGUGGUUCAGCGUAGCUGUGCGACUCGAGAAAUGUGGGGAUGGAAGAAACUUUGAAGUUCUGCUUGAAAAUGAUGGAUUUGUACUCAAUGUGAUGGUUUCAUAAGAGACAUUAUAUCAUAUAGACUAUUACUCGAAUUAAAAAUAUAGUCCUUUUUGUCUUGUUACAACCUGGUAUUUUUGUUGUAGUGAGUUGUUUGAAUAUCCACAAAAUGAUUGAAAAUGCUAAAUGUCAAGGUUGUGUA